AUGCUUCGUCGUCAAACAAAAACUGAGAAAGUUGCACGAGAAACUCGGGCUUUUAUAUUAUUAACAGCUAACUCUUUAAACCCGGCUCUAUAUAGAAAUGAUAAGAUAAACACGGUAACCAGCGUGAUUUUUAAACUCGGACCAGAAAAAGCCAGGGUGUCUGUGUAUUUGUAUGGAUCAUCGAUCGGUCAGUUCUUUGUAGUGGGGACCUACUCAACAGAGGCAUCUUUAUUCAAUGCCAUCGACAACCUAGCAUUAAAUCCAUCCAAUCAGAAUGGUCGUAACAUUGUUGGCAUGUUCAGUACUCUGCAGACACAGAUUACAAAUUCUGGUACAACCGGUCCUGUGAUAGUCGUGCUUUUUGUGACCGGAUCAGUCGACAGCUCCGCGGAGGCCAUAUACGCAGCUAAAACAUUUAGAGAUGGUUCUAAUCCAAAUGUCUAUUUGAUAACAAUGGGAAUAGGUACCAACACAGCAGUCUUGACAAGUGAACAAAACCGGCUGGCGUAUGAUACUGGGACAGCAUUUCAAGCGGCCAAUUUUCUCAGUCUCGCCGGAAAUGACCAAGCAUCUCAAGACUUUGUGAAUUCCAUAAGGAGCACAAUUUUCCAACUUGCCAAGGGAACAUAUGUGAAACAAGGAGCAGGAAUGUCCUACAGAUGGACAAGUAUGUUUGACGUGGUGUUUAUGAUUGAUGGAUCAGCCAAAAUGUCACAGUUCAUCUAUUAUCCAGUGGUGAAGUUUGUCAUCAAACAUCUUAUUGACCAGUAUGUAUAG